UUGAACAAGCUCCAGCUGCUCCAGCCCAUUAAAUCUGGAGCUAGAGCAUCAAGGAGACAAUGGAUGUGAAACGUCCUAGAAAGUUAGACUUGAACAAACCCCUCUUGUCUACAAAGCGUCUUAGCAUAGUUGUUGCAGACACAUCUUGUUCAUCAACCUCAGUCGGCAAAACUGUACAGAACAACACAAGUGAAGAAAGAGUUCCAUUUUCAUGGGAAAAAGCUGCAGGCAAACCAAAAGAUGCUGAUGAUCAUAAUGAGGAAGAAACCCCUCGGUUAAGAUUACCUCCUUGCCUUUGGCAUUCUCCAAAUCAAGAACCAGAAGCAGAUGAAGCAGAUAUGGGUGAUGAUCAUCAUCGAGAUGAAGGUUGUGUUGAUGAUGGUAGUAGUGGCGGCGGCGGUGAUGAUGAAGAAAAGUUUGACAGUGAUUUUUUAUCAGAUGCUAUGGAAGUUUUUUCCCUGUCAGAGGCAUUAGAUAUUGUCCAGAAAUCAGAGAAAGCUCGAAGGAAAAGCGCGAAUGAAGGCUUAAGAUUGAGGCUUGAAGAAGAGUCCAAUAAUGGGAAUGAGUCUCCUAAUUAUUUGAUCAAACGCUUUCUUCCAGAUGCUACUGCUUUGGCUGCAUCAUCUACAUUGCAUUUCUCCAAGAGUAUGAUGGACAAGAAGAUUUGUGAUAGCUCUAGCAGCUAUCUGGAGGCUUAUGUGGCUUCACCAAAGGGUUGUGGCUUGGAAGUUUUAUUCCCAUGGAGGUUGAAACACAAGCUUUGUGCUAUGAAAAGCCCUGUUUUGCCAUGCUCAGGUACAAGUAUGCAGAAGCAGCACCAGAACAGAAGAAAAGUAAGACGAUCAGCUCACAAGGACUGUACGAAGUGUGAAGAUAAUUGAUGAAUAUUCAUCCUGGUUUGGUCUACUCUAUACAUAUUUCUUACUUUUACCUGCUUGUAAUUCUUUCCUACCAUUUUUCUUGUAUACAUAAUUAUCGUUCUA